AUGGAAGGGGAGAUAUGUCAACUGCCCGAGAUUGUCUCAGUAUGCAAGAAGUAUAAGGCCUAUGUUUACUUGGAUGAAGCUCACAACAUUGGAGCAAUUGGGAAAACAGGCAGGGCUGAUGUGGACAUCAUGAUGGGAACUUUUACGAAAUCUUUCGGAUCUUGUGGUGGCUAUAUUGCUGGAUCCAAAGACCUCAUACAAUAUUUGAAGUACCAUUUCCCGGCUCACCUUUACGCAACAUCAAUUUCAACUCUUUCAGCACAACAAAUCAUAUCGGCCAUAAAAGUCAUCCUUGGAGAGGACGGUUCCAACAGAGGUGCACAAAAGUUAGCAAGGAUAAGGGAGAACAUCAACUUUUUCAGGGCCGAGUUGCAGAAGAUGGGAUUUGAGGUUCUUGAAGACAAUGAUUACCCAGUCAUGCCAAUAAUGCUUUACAAUCCAGCAAAAAUCCCAGCCUUCUCAAGGAAAUGCUUGCGAGAAAACGUCGCAGUUGUAGUUGUUGGUUUCCCAGCUACACCUCUAUUGCUAGCCAAGGCUCGUAUUUGCAUAUCUGCAUCUCGCUCAAGAGAAGAUCUUAAUAAAGCUCUAAAGGUUAUAAGCAAAGCAGGUGACCUUACCGGAAUCAAAUAUUUUCCAGCAGCUCCAAAGAAGCAAGAAGAAGAGAAAGAUAGAAUCAAAUUGGAUUAA